CGUCGACGCACUCAGUUGAGACUGAUAAUUCGUCGACUAAAGUCGUACCCGGUACCUGUUUGUUAAGCAUUAAUUUAUUGUUCCAUUAGUUACUAGUUUUGUUUUUUUUCUUCUAGUUAAUAUCGAAUCAGUAAUCAUGACCAGCCAACAAUACUACCCAUUCAAGUGCACCCCCACUGUUUACCCAGCAGACCCCUUCGACCCCGUAGCUGAUGCUGCCACCCUGAAGAAGGCGAUGAAAGGUUUCGGAGCCGAUGAAAAAGCCAUAAUCGAUGUUUUGGCCCGCAGAGGCAUCGUACAAAGACUAGAAAUUGCCGAAACUUUCAAGACUUCGUACGGCAAAGACUUAAUUUCCGAACUGAAAAGCGAACUUGGAGGCAAGUUUGAGGAUGUGAUUGUGGCUCUGAUGACUCCAUUGCCUCAAUUUUAUGCGAAAGAACUUCACGACGCUGUUGCUGGAUUGGGAACCGAUGAAGAAGCCAUCAUUGAAAUAUUGUGCACAUUAUCCAACUACGGUAUUAGAACUAUCGGUCAAUUCUACGAACAAUUGUACGGAAAACCUCUAGAAAAAGACUUAAAAGACGACACCUCCGGCCACUUCAAGCGACUCUUGAUCUCUCUCUGUCAAGCUAACAGAGAUGAAAACCAGGGAGUCAAUGAGCAACAAGCUGAAGCUGAUGCACAGGCCAUCAUUGAAGCCGGCGAAUCAAAAUGGGGAACCGAAGAGUCAGUAUUUAACUCAAUUCUGAUCACCCGCAGUUACCAGCAGCUCAGAGCCACGUUUGCCGAAUACGAACGAUUGACUGGCAAAGACAUCGAGUCAGUUAUCAAGAAGGAAUUCUCAGGAAGCAUUCAGAAGGGAUUGUUGGGGAUUGUUAAAUGUGUAAAAAGCAAAGUGGGGUACUUUGCCGAGCGACUUCACGAAUCCAUGGCCGGUUUGGGCACUAAUGACAAGACAUUGAUCAGAAUUGUCGUGUCUAGAUCAGAGAUCGAUUUGGCCGACAUCAAGCAGGCCUUUGUCGAUAAAUAUGGAAAGACUUUGGAAAGUUGGAUUCAGGGUGACACCUCUGGCGACUACAAAAAGGUUCUUCUGGCCAUUAUCGACUAAUUUCACCAACUCCCUCAACUUACGCACUCCAUAAGUGUCCAAAAAAUCAAAUUCUCACUAAAAAACGAUUCUUUGUCAAACCGUAUUCUUAUAAAACAGCUUUCUCAUCUACUGCCACUAGUCGAUAAAUGUUUAUGGUUGUUAUGAAUACAAGUACUGCUUUAUAUGGUUGAAUAGUCAUAAGGGAAUAAUUGACUCAAUAGGGAAAUUAACUAUUUGCCUUAGUGGGUCCAUUAUAACAGUUAUUGGAAUGUAAUCACAAUGUAUACAGUUUUGUGAAUAAUUUUUGUAUGUUUCCAGGACGAUGUGAAUAAUGACAUCAAGUACGUUUUGGUUGUACUAUCUACGUUCUAAAACAACUCAGGUCACGUUCGAAUAAUUAAAAUGAGAAUAUUACAAAACUAUAUGAAAUAAGCAUUUUAGAGGAGUUAGACAACUUGAGGUGGCCUUAAUGCUGGUACAUGUUAGAUCAAAGCUCAGCUUAUUUUACUGUUCAGAUGUUCACAUAUAGUAUGGGGUGCAAACCAUUUUAUAAUUGUCUAGUUACUACCUAUUAUAAUCUCACUGAUUUUGUUUUGUUUUUAUAAUAUGAUAUAUCGUAUUUUUUGUAAACAUUUGUAUAUGUGCUUUCUGGUGCUUUCAAUAAAAUGUAUUUUAGAACAA